UUGGUUUACUUGCGUUGAGCCUCACCAUGGCAGUAAGCAUCAACUCCCAGCUUAAAUAUGUGGUGAAUCAGGCAGCCUCCGUGGAGGCAGACAUGAACUGUGUCGAACGUGUGCAACACUACACGUCGAACAUUGAGCAUGAGGACCUCAUGGAGGAGAUUGAUGAGGCCAUUCGGGCGCUGGAAAAAAAUGAUAAAAAGCGGAGGGAGCGGAAGGGGGAUCCCAUAACCCCAGCAGGUAUUACCCACGACGACGAUGACACGAGUACCGCAACGGUUUCCGUACCGCUGCUAGAAGAAAGCCAUGCCAGCGAUGCCUCACCUGAGUUGUCCUACUCUCCUGCUGACAACAACAACCACAACGAUGAUAAUGGCAGGAGGGAAAAUGUGGCGGCGGGGUCUUUGGAGUUCCGUGAUGUGACGAUGCGGUACCGCGCGGGUUUACCACAUGUGUUGUGCGGCUUGACCUUCACAAUACCCGCCGGACAGAAGGUCGGUGUUAUCGGCCGCACGGGAAGUGGCAAGUCAUCGUUGCUUCUGACGCUUCUCCGCGUGGUGGAUAUUGAGGAUGGGCAGAUUGUUCUUUCGGGGCGUCCUAUUCGUUCCUACAGCCUGCGUGCGCUGCGCCAACUCUUUUCGAUGAUUCCACAGGACCCAUUGCUGUUUAACGGUAAGGUGCGUGAAAACCUCGAUCCACUCAACGUCUGCAGCGACGCGCAAGUGCGUGAGGCGAUACGGCUUGUAGGCAUGGAGGACCGACUUGCCGCGGAGACGGAUCCGCUGCAGUGCCCUGUGGAGGAGGGGGGCGCAAACUUUAGUGUUGGCCAGCGGCAGUUGCUUUGCAUGGCACGGACCCUACUGCGGCGGGGUUGCAGUUUUAUUCUGAUGGAUGAGGCUACCGCCAAUGUUGACCCCACGCUUGACAAACAGAUUCAACAUGUCGUCACCCAUGUCUUUGCGGGGCACACUGUCAUUACAAUUGCCCACCGCCUGCACACGCUUGCCACGUACGACGUGAUUCUGAUGAUGGAGGAAGGCCGCGUGGUGGAGAUGGGGUCGCCGUAUGAUCUUGUGCGCUCUGCAGACACACGGUUUGCUCAGAUGGUGAGGUCUCUUGGUGAGUCCGCCAUGCAGGAAUUCAUGGCGUCUACGCAAGCACCCACACGCUGA